AUGUUUUUCGCUCUAUUUUCUUUGGUCGCAUCCUUUUAUGUAAAUUUGGAUGUCGGAUCACAAUUUAUCCGCGCUGCAACAAUUGAUGGAAGCGAGAAUCCAUCUAUGGCAUUGAAUAAACAAGGUUCAACAUUAACACCAAAUUCAGUAAGCUUCAAAUUGCCAAAUGUUCAAGAAGGACAUCUCAGAAACAGCAAUUUAUCGCAAAUUCAAGUUAAAUACGGAAAAUCUUCAUUAAGAAACCUUAAGAAAAAUCCAGAAAUGGGUGCUCCAUAUAUUGGACGCUUAAUGGGACGUAAUUAUACUGAAGAUUUCGAAAUACCAAAAAUUGCUACAGCAUCAGAAAUGUUUUCUUUAUUAUUAAACGAAAUGUUCGAUUCCAAAGAUUUAUUUGGCUAUGAAGGCAUCACUUUUACUGUUCCAGGAUAUUUUACACAUAAGCAACGUGAGGCGUACAUUAAAUCGUUAUAUAUUUCGAAAUUACCAUUUUUAGGAAUUAUUGAUGAUUUUCAAUCGAUUAUCUUCGGAUAUACAAAGCGCUAUCUCAGUAGAUUUGCUAAUUCAAAUCAUACCGUCCUAUUUAUUGACGUUGGAGCGUCUCAUGCAGCCUCAUUUUUAGUUGAUUUCUACUGUAACAAGACAACCAUCGUCGCAAACAUGACAUCUUACGAAUGGUCCGAGGAAACAGGUAGCUUUGCAUUUGCUCGAGUUCUUGCCUCAGAAAAAGGAAUUCCAUUCAGAAAGGCCAUGAAGCUUGUCCAAGAAGGAAAAUUCGAUAAGGAUAUAAUAGAAAGCGAAUUAGAAGAGUUACAGCGUAUUAUUUUACUUGCUCUAGGAAAUACAGAAAUUGAUUGCGUCCAACUCAUUGGUGGAGCUUCCAAACUCCCAUAUAUUGAAGCAAUAGUCGAGGAGAUCACAGAUAUGCGCCCUUCAAGAGAACUGGCAACUGUAGAAGCCAUGGCCUUGGGAGGAACAUAUUUGACUCAAUUAAUUGCUCGAAGCCAGGAAUGGCCAAUUACGAUUAUUAGAUGUCCAGUUUACACCGAAAGAGUCCGUUGCGACAAAGUUAGUGGAGUAUAUUGCACAAAAGGAGCCAAAUGCACAGAAUUAGUCAUUCUUGAUAAUACCAUUUGCAAUUCAUUGCAAAUUGAAGCUGAACAAACAGAGAUUCCAACAGGAACUACAAAUUUGAUUGCAGAUUUCACUUUAACUAACAUAAGUAAGUGGGAUAGAGAAGAGGAAGAGUUUGUUAGUGGUAUAAUGAUCAUGAAGGACCCACUUCCUCAAAUCGUUUCUGUUAAUUGGUGUAUUACUUCAACAUUAAACUGCCAACCGAUAUCUUUCAAGCAAACUGAGAUCAAUACGAAGUCAUUCCAGGCAUCCUUUGACUUUGUUGACCAAGUUUCCAGUAUUUUACUAAAAGAAAAAAGAAUCUCAAAAUUAAGAGGUCAAAUUAAUGCCAGAAUUGAAGAAUUAAUACUCCAUGGCAAUUUGUCACCAGCAGAAAAGGAAAAAUACGAGAAAAUUCAUCAAGAUAGCUUAAUUGUUUCCGAAAUUCCAAAAUUAGAACAAAUUUAUCGCUCUAUUAUGCCAGAAGAGAAGAAAGAAACCAAGAAAGUUAAUCCAAAUGAAAUGUUUUUCGUUGAAGAUGAUGAAUGUUUAUAA